AGCCGGACCCUGGUGGGCGAUGCUGGUGCGAGUGAAACCCCCCAAAAAAUCCAUGCCACGCCGGGCUGGCUGAGGAGGAGGAGGGCUGGAGUGGCCGUCCCAGUUUGCUCCCAGUUUGUGGGCAGUGGAAGCCCCAGCGAGGGGGGGGGCGGUGGUUGUGGCCUUCGGCGGCGCCGGCGGCUGCGGAGCGGAAAGCCCUGACUCAGGGCUGGGAAAGGGCCCCGCUGGCUCCGGCCGGCCCCGGCGGGGGAAAACAGGCAAGGGGGAACGCGAAAAGAAAAAUGGGAAGGAUGAGGGAGUAAUAAAAUAAUAAAAAAAAAAGGAGGUGGGGGGUAAAAGAGCGGUUGGAACAAUUCCUUCAUGGGGGGAAACUGAGGUGCAGGGGGAUCCCCAGCCCCAUUGCCUGAGCCAUGUGUGUCCCUGUCACCCUGCACAUGUCCCCUGUCCCUGUCCCCAGCCCUGUUCCUUCAGAGCCCAGCUCUGUCCCCACUCCCUGACCCCCAUCCCUGGUCCCUCCAGCCCCAUCCCCGCUCCAUUCCCAACUCCUGUCCCCAUCCCCACACCUCUGACCCCAUUCCUGGUACCUGAAGCUCCAGCCCACGUCCCUCUCAUCCCCAUCGGUUGUCCCCUCCUGUCCCCAUCCCAGCCCCUCAUCCCCAUCUCUGCACCAUCCUGGCACCUUCUGGGGUCAGAGCCUCUGGGUGUCCCAGCUGUCCCAUCCUCCUUUGUCCCCCUUCCCCUCCCCAUCCAUCUAUUCCUUCUUUCCUUCUCUCCUCUCCAGCACUUUUCCUAUUCAUCCACUUCCCCUUCCCAGCCCCUUCCUCCUCCUUUUCCUGCUGUCCAUCCCUUUCUCCCUCUCUCCCUCCUUUCCCUUCCCCUUUUUCUCCUCUUAUUUCCUCUCUCUUCUCCUUUCCUUUUUCCUCCUUUCCCUUCCUUCCCUCUCCCCACUCUUCUCCUUUCCUUUUCCCCACACUGGUCCCUGUCCCCUAUCUCCCCUCCUUCCUCCAGCUCUCAGCCUCCUCGUCUUCCUCCCAACUUUUUCUUUAAUUUUUCUUCCAUUUCCUUAUAUAUUUUUUCUUGUCUCUUCCCUCCCUUUUUCACUUCCUUUUUUAACUUUCCCCUUCCUUUUUUCUUUCCCCUUUCCUCUUUUUGCCUUUCUUCCUCAUCUCUUUUCUUUCUCUCCUUUUCUCACUUAUUUUCCUCUUCCAAUUCCUUGUUCUUUUUCCCCCUUUCCCUUCUUUCCCCCUUUCUCUUCUCUCCCCCUUUUCUCUUUCUUUUCCCCUCUUUCAUCUUUUCCUUCCUCCUUUCCUUUUCCUCUUCCCCUUCCCCUGCCCCCCUUCCCGCGGUCCCCCGGCCCCCCCGGCUGGGGGCGGUUCGGGGCCGGGCUCCCGCUCCCGGCCCCGGUCCCGGCCCGGCCCAGCCCCGCCGCAGCGGCACAGCGGGGCGGGCGGCGGCCACGGUGCUCCGUCCCUCCCUCUCCCUCCCUCCCUCUCCCUCCGUCCCUCCCUCCGCACCGAGCCCCGGCAUCCCGGGACACCGGCAUCCCGGGACAGCGGCACACCGCGACACCGCGACAGCGGCACCGCCGCGGGCAGGACCCACCCCCGGCAUCCCCGGAGCGCGGCUGCCAAGUGCCAUGGCUGCGAGCCCCCGCUGACAUCGCCCCCCACGCCUCGGGGUGCCCCCGCUGACAUCGCCCCCCACGCAGCCAUGGGUGACUCCUACGCCGCCGCCUUCCCCAGCGCCCCGGGGCUGCUGUCGCCGUCCGCCAGCCCCCAGGCCUCCCCCGGCCCCUACGGCCCCGACUACGGCCCCUUCGGCCACCCCUUCCCAGCCCCCUCCGGCGCCCAGGAGGUGCUGGGGGCCCCCGUGGUGGUGGCGGCCAAGGGCCACCCCCCGGGCGAGUGCCUGCCGGGGGUGUACCCCUCGCUGGAGAUGCCGCACCCCUACGGCUCCUGGUACAAGGGCGGCAUCGGCGGGGGGCUGCCGGGGGGCUCCGGGCCCGCGGCCCCGUCCUGGUGGGAUGUGCACCCCAACGGGGGCUGGCUGGGGGGGCCGGCGGGCGCCGAGGGGCUGCAGGGCUCGCUGCAGGGCCAGCCCACCCUCAGCCCCCCUCUGCCCGCCUACGGCUCCGAUUUCGGCGCUCUGAACCCCCCUCCUUACACCAACGCCCCCGCGGCGCCCCCCACCCCUAAACCCACGCCGGGCGAGACCCCGAAGGGUCCCCGCGGCGGCUCCUUGGGGGGACGCCCGGCGUGCGAUUGUCCCAACUGCCAGGAGCUGGAGCGGCUCGGGGGCCCGGGCGGGUCGCGGCGGAAGCCGGUGCACAGCUGCCACAUCCCGGGCUGCGGGAAGGUGUACGGCAAAGCCUCGCACCUGAAGGCGCACCUGCGCUGGCACACAGGCGAGCGGCCCUUCGUGUGCAACUGGCUCUUCUGCGGGAAGCGCUUCACCCGCUCCGACGAGCUGGAGCGCCACGUCCGGACCCACACGCGGGAGAAGAAGUUCACCUGCCUGCUGUGCAGCAAGCGCUUCACCCGCAGCGACCACCUCAGCAAGCACCAGAAGACCCACGCCGACCCCGGCCCCCCCAAGCCGCCCCCCGGCGCCGAGCAGCCCCCCGCGUCCCCCCGGCCGCCGCCCGCCUCGCCCGCCAAGGACGGCGGCAGUCCCGAGGCCGGGAGUUUGUUGGAGAUUUGAGCCUUUCCGCCUUCAUCUUCCUCCUCCUCCUCCUCCUCCGCGCCGCUGGGGAUAUUUAUUGUGGGGUGCUGCUUCCCCCCAAGCCCCCUCCCCCUCAGUUCCCCAGCUCCUCGUUAGCCAUUCUAAUUUAUGUCUUAAAUUAUGGGGGGGCUCUCCGAGCGCUCUGGGGCUCACGGGGGGGGGGGGUGUCAAGGUGAGACCCCCCCCCCUCACCCCUUUCUGUUUUCCCUUCCACCUCCCCCAAACCUUCUUGCCCCCCAGCCCUCGCCUCGCCCCCCCGCACUCAGGGACAGGGUUUGCCCCCCUCCCCCGGCCUGGUUCAUCAGUGCUAAUGUAACGUGUUCCCCCCCCCCCACUUUUUUUUAGCUGCCUGCCCCUCCUGCCCCCCGGAAAAAAAAAGCAAUAAAAGGAUUGAGA